GUUGAAUCGAUUCUCUCCAUCACUAGUCUCCUCACACACGCAGCAUCACCACCACAAAGCCCCCCUCCACGGGCAUCUACAGCUACCCGAGAUUAUCUCUCCGCUCUCGGCGCCCCGGUUUUCUGGAUAUCCCUCUUUCUUCUGAGCCGUUUUUGUGGACCUCGUUUUGGCCGGUUUUAAUGGAACAUGGCGAUACUGACUCGCUCCUGCAGCGUCGUCUGCCUGGUUUCCCUCCAGAUUGUGCUGAUCUUCAUCGUGCCGUGGACCGGAGUGGAGAGCCUCACCUUUCCGCAGCAUUACACGAUCAUGCACUGGGCUCGGCGGAUAGAGCAAGAGAUUGACAGAGUCCUGCAGCACAUCAGUGGAGCGCAGCAGCUGAAGGGGAUUUACACCGAGAAGAGGAGGCAGUACAGCCUCGUCAGGAACAACCCCAGAGAGAUCGUGGAGAAGGUGGCGUCGGACAUCGAGAGGCUUCUGGCGAAGAAGAAGAGAGCGUUAGAAAAGCUGGCCAGUGAAGCCGAGAGGGUGCAAAAAGCCCAUCGAUGGCAGGACAGCAUCAAGGAGUGGGAUAUUGAAUACUAUGACUCCAAAGCCGAGAUGGAUUAUGACGGUGAUGACAUCGAAGCUCAGAUGUCCCUGAAGCUGGAGUUUGUGUACGACCCAAAUUUCAAGAACAAUGUAAACUACUCCUACACUGCGGUACAAAUCCCCACCGAUAUCUACAAAGGCGCUCCUGUUAUUCUGAAUGAGCUAAACUGGACGCAGGCCCUUGAGAGGGUUUUUAUGGAGAACAGUAGAGAGGACCCCUCGCUGCUCUGGCAGGCUUUUGGCAGUGCCACCGGAGUCACCAGGUAUUAUCCAGCAACACCCUGGAGAGCGCCGGAUAAGAUUGACCUCUACGACGUGCGACGGAGACCCUGGUACAUCCAAGGAGCUUCGUCGCCCAAAGACAUGGUCAUCCUCGUAGAUGUCAGUGGCAGUGUUAGUGGUUUGACUCUGAAGCUAAUUAAAGCGUCAGUGACUGAGAUGUUGGACACGCUGUCGGACGACGACUACGUUAACGUAGCGCGGUUUAAUGAGAAAGCUGAGGCCGUGGUUCCGUGUUUUAAGCACUUGGUUCAGGCGAAUGUGCGGAAUAAGAGGAUCUUUAAGGAGCACGUGGCUCAGAUGCAGGCCAAAGGAACCACCGACUACAAAUCCGGCUUCCACUUCGCCUUCAACCAGCUGCUCAAUAAGACGAAUGUGCCCAGAGCAAACUGCAAUAAAAUCAUCAUGCUCUUUACGGACGGUGGUGAGGACAGAGCUCAGGACAUUUUUGAGCAGUACAACUGGCCCAACAAGACGGUGCGAGUGUUUACGUUCUCCGUGGGGCAGCAUAAUUAUGACGUCACUCCGCUGCAGUGGAUCGCAUGUGCAAACAAAGGUUACUAUUUUGAGAUCCGCUCCAUCUGUGCCAUAAGGAUUAACACCCAGGAGUAUUUGGACGUGCUGGGACGUCCCAUGGUCUUGGCUGGGAGAAGUGCCAAGCAGGUGCAGUGGACCAACGUCUAUCAGGACGCCCUGGGUCUUGGGCUGGUGGUGACCGGGACGAUGCCCGUCUUUAAUCUCUCUAUGGAUGGAAACUCUCAGAACCAGCUGAUCUUGGGGGUGAUGGGUGUAGACGUGCACCUGGAUGAACUGAAGAGGCUUGCACCACGUUACAAUCUCGGGGCCAACGGAUACAUCUUCGCCAUUGACCCAAAUGGAUACCUGCUCCUGCACCCGAACCUCCAGACCAAGGUUGUUGACGUGCCUGAGCCUGUGACUCUGGACUUCCUGGACGCUGAGGUGGAAGACAGCAGUAAACACGAGAUUCGACGGCAAAUGAUAGAUGGCAAGGCAGGCGAGAUGACCAUCAGGACCCUGGUCAAGUCCAUGGACGAGCGAUAUAUAGACGAGGCCGUCCGGACGUACGCCUGGACCCCCAUCAACGACACCGACUACAGUCUGGGCCUGGUACUGCCACAGCACAGCGAGUAUUACAUCCAGGCUGACCUCAGUGACGUCAUGCUCCAGCUGCAAUAUCUACAGUCUCUUCUCCCCACCUCAUUCGAGUCCACUGGACACGUGUUCUUAGCCCCAAGAGAAUACUGUAAGCGUCUGCACUUGGCUGAGAAUAACACCCAGUUUCUGGAAAACUUCCUCUCCCUGAUGGUGGAAAUCACACCUGAGUCUGAAGACUGCGACCAAGGCCUCAUUCAUAAUCUCAUUUUGGAUUCUGGGAUUAUCUGGCAGCUGGCAACAAGAGUCUGGAAAAACAAAGACCUGAACACGUACGGCUUUCUGGCGUUGUUUGCGAUCACAGAUGGAGGUGUGACGAGAGUGUAUCCAAACACAGCGGCGGAUUCGUGGGAUGAAGAUUUGGAGCCUCUGAAUUCCAACUUUUAUCGUCGCAGUCUUGAUAAUAAGGGUUAUAUUUUCAGGGCUCCAACUCGCACAUCCAUGGAUGACCCUUUGAUCACGGAGAAUGGCACAGUGGGUAUCCUCGUCACAACUGCAGUGGAGAUCACAGUGGGUGGCAAAACCCUGAAGCCGGCAGUGGUAGGUGUUAAGCUGGAUUUGGAGGCGUGGGUGGACAAGUUUAAGAUCCUGGCCAGUAAUGUCUCUGACAGCAGACAGGGCUCCCAUAAGUGUGGUCCUUCCAGAUCCUGUGAGAUGGACUGCGAAGUCAACAGUGAUGAUCUGCUUUGCUACCUGAUCGAUGAUGGUGGAUUUUUGGUGAUGUCUAAUCAGAGGGACCACUGGAAAAAGGUGGGGCUGUUUUUUGGAGAUGUCGACCCCUACCUGAUGCAUGCACUCUACAAUAAUUCCAUCUAUGCCCGACGUCAGUCAUUCCAGUACCAGUCCGCCUGCGAGCCGACAGCCAGCAGUCGCACCGGAGCCGCACCGCGCCGCUUUUUUGUGCCCUCCAUUGCUGACUUGCUCAACUUGGCCUGGUGGACGUCAGCAGUAGCUUGGUCUCUGCUGCAGCAGGUUUUCUAUGGCCUGGCGUACAACAGCUGGUUAAACACAGGUGAUGUUUUUGCUGAGGGGACAGAAGCCAAAGGCAGCAGCAGCUGUGUGACCAUUCAGAGCCAGUUCUACUUCACCAACAACACCAACUCUUUCAACAUGCUGCAGGACUGCGGAAAUUGCUCCAGGUUGUUCCACGCUAAGAGGAUAGAGAACACUAAUCUGCUGUUUGUUGUGGCUGAAACUCUGCCCUGCAGCUCCUGUGAGAUCGAGAGACUCACGCAAGUCAGGACAGAGUUUCAAGAGGAGAUUCCAUGUGAAGUUUUGAGCUCAGCUCGGUACAGGAAAGGACCAGAGAAGUGCUUUGACUACAAUGAGGGGGAGAAUACAUCAGAGUGUGGGAAGGGUCAUUCUUUACACUGUCCAGUCAGAGUUCUCGUCUUGCUCCAGUUAACUUUGCUUUACCUCGUUUUUCGACCUUGAGUUGCCGCUCUUCUCCUGUGUGACCUUCUCGGACGCCGUGAUCUCCUUCUCCUACGUCCUCGCGCUCCUCCAUGUUCCUCUUUGCUCCUGUCGUCCUACCAAACCCACGUUCCCCCAUUCUGAAGUGCUUUUUGGCAGAGCAGUCGAUGUUCUCAACGCAGCUGGACGGGUUGAUUGAGAUGCUGUUUGUGUCUUGGUGACCUGUCGUCAUGCAUAUCUUCUACAGACUCCUCUGGGUCCUACAUUUUUUAAAGUUCUUUUUUGUUGUUGUUGUUGUUGUUGUUUUGUUCGUUUAUUUAUUCAAUUUUUUCCAAGACAUUCAAGUUGCCAUAAAUGUAACAUGUGCUCCAAAACCUGCUUGCCAAAUCCAACAGUUGAUCAAGGAUGAGAUGUUCGUGUUCGAUCUUGACCUGUGUUUACAGUAAUGCUCUCUGAUGAAAUGUAAUGACGACGAUUCCACUUCUUAUGAAAAUGAGCUUCUUGCAUUAUUAGUGCUUAUUAUUACUGGCUAACCUAUUUUAUUUUCUUCUUAUUUAUUAUAAUUUUAUUUUAUUAUUUUUUUAUAAAUGUCUUCUACUACUGGAUUUACCAUAUGCCCAGUGCUUUGUGGUUACUGCAGCCUGGGAGGUAUUAAAUUUGUUCCAGAUACUCCCCUUGUUAUGCAUAUCUUCGACCCUUAGAGGGUGUUGCCCUUAUCGGUCAUUUGCUUUCUUAAAAAAAGAGGAUAAAAGACAUAUUUUGAGAUGUUAUUUCAGAAAAAGAUAGUCAUAGAAUGUUUAAAGGGCAUAUAUUGUGUACAAAAAGUGUCUGCCUGGUUUGCUACCCAACAGUGCCUUGGUGCACUACUCCUAUUAGACAGGUAGAGGUCUUGAGUUUGGCCUAUCCUGACUGAAUGUGAACAGAGGAAGGUUAUAAAUUCUCACAACACCAGUGACUCUUGUUUUUCAGCUGAGCCUCUAGCACUGGCUUGGCUGAAUGCUCCCUAUUGUAAACUCUGGGCCCUCACUCUCGCCUCUGUCUAUAGGAAAGCGAUCUACUAUUUUGCCUGCGUGUUGUAUUCUUGUAAAUAUGAGGUUCUAAAACUAUGUUGAACUGACCUGGGUCAGUAUAAUUUGUUUAUUUUCCUUUUUGGUGAACAGAAUGUUUGCUGAUGUGUUGCUUUCCCUGUGCAUGAUGGGAACGUGACGGUCUGACUACUUCCAGUAUGGUCUCUGUUUUGAUAUGCAUUGUGCUGUACAGGGUACGAGCUAACGCUGUUACGCCCUAAUAAGCGCCCUGUAUAUCAAUUAAGGAGCCGCUUCAAAGCCCAGAACUUUUAGUUCACCACAGAAGCACAUUUGUAGCUCUGAAACUGCCCAAGACUGCAGCCGAUGUCCUAACUGGGUACGUACACUUUCAAAAAUGUGUUUCAAAUACCUUGAGUUCGUGUGGGAUUUAUAAAAGCUUUCAUUUUGAUAUGUAUACUGCAUGAAAAACCUUUGAGAUGUAGACAUUUAGAGGUAUAGUUUCGCCUACGUUUUAUGCACAUGUUUGAUUUACCCUCAGAGAUCCCACAGUUUUGAUUCGGCACUGAUUCUCCAGAGUGUUUGCUAUAGAAGCGAAGUGUUGUGCUUUUUUCUGGAGUUUUCUGUUUGGAUUUUACUGGACAUUCUGUGUGGACUCUCUGUUGAGUUGACUUCUUAGCAUAGCAUUUUGUGUUCAGAAAACAACGUUGUUUUAAAUUCUGCAGUCCUGGAACUAAGACCUUGAAAUAUUCCUUCAUAAGAGCACAAUAAGGAAUGCAGAGGAAGUGAGAAAGUGAGACAAACAGCAUGACGCAGCUUCGUUUGUGACUGUUUUGGUUUAAGGCUUGGCUUCGAUGUUUGUAUAUUUUUAAAAAAAAUUAAAUUAUUGCUAUUUAUUUGCCAUUUCUGAAAUUAUUUAUUACUAACCUAAUCACUGCUGUGUAAAAGCCUUCAGUAUAACAGUGAAUUGAAUCAUGUGAACAGGAAUGUUUGUCUCCCUCCGCUUUGUUUUUUGGUUUCUUUUUCUGUUGAUGUUUGUGAGGGAGGUCGAUCUCUUUUUCUCGAGUCUUCCGUAUUGCUCCAUUUUGUACAGAUGGCACAAAAAUGUCCAGAAAGGCUAACUUUGUAUCAUAUUGUGUCAUUCACCUCUGAGAAACUGAAAAAAAAUGAAAAUGUUUAUAAGAGAAUUAGUGAUAAAGACAUUCAUAUUUUUCACGUCA